CGCGAGGGAGCUGCGCGUACACACAACUCAGGACGUUAUCUAUGUCGGCCUUAUCUUAUCUCCACAGUUGACACCGUUUCCAGCAAGUGAGUUAUCAGUGGUCGGGUACCAGUCUCCAGUGGUGGCAGCUGUUACUUCUCAGUUACUAUGUUGAUGAAGAUCUUGUAGUCGCCGGAGGAUGAAGUCGCAGCAAGGGGGGGAAUAUCUCGCGUACCUGGAGUGUCCGGUGCCGGCUAGUGAACAUUCCCAAGUGACAUAGUGAUGGGACCCCCACAGUGAGUGACUAUGGCAGACAUUCAGAAGAAGUUUCUGUGUCCGCGGCUCGUGGACUACUUGGCCAUCGUUGGGGCACGCCCGUCUCCCCAGCGAACUGCCAACAAUGCUUCCCCACCGGUUCAGGCCCCUGAGCUGUUGCGCCGCUACCCCGCAGAUGACCAUAAAGACUUCCCCCUGCCGCUGGACAUGGUAUACUUCUGCCAGCCAGAGGGAUGUGUGUCUGUGGGGCCGCGCCGCACCGCCCUGCGGGAAGCGACCUCCUUCGUCUUCACCCUCACUGAGAAGGAUUCUGGUAAGACCAGGUACGGGAUCUGCGUUAACUUCUACCGGCCGAUGGAGCGGCCAGGGGCAGCGCCCAGUAGUACUGCCCGGGACCGGCGGGACAGGCACCUGCGGCGAGAGAGUUGGCGCAAGAGCAUGGACAAGAGUAGCGACUCGGCAUUCUCAAGUGACUACAGAAGUACGGUAGCGCCCAGCGACUCAGAUCGAGAGAGCCGGCGAGACUCAGAGAGCUCGCACCGGACCCGCCUUGCUCCCGCGCCCGCCAACGACUCGGAGAGUGGCGGCUCUCACUCGCCCUCGCCCCGCGCUAGCCGCAAGCGACAGCGGAUAAGGAACCAUUCCUUGACCUCCUUGUGCCUACUCACUCACCACCCGUUCUUUUCGAUAUUUCGUGAGUGUCUUUUUAUCCUGAAACGAUUGAUAGACGCCUGUAACGAGAACUCCUCACCACGCAGAGUUGGGGCUUCCAGACAAAUAAAUAGGGAUAGCGUGUGGAGUUGUCUGACAGGCCGAAUGUUUGACGGGAAGACAUCGGAAGUUGUAGUCCACGAUGUUCGAGAAAUAGAGACCUGGAUCCUAAAGCUGCUCAGUGCGCCUGUACCUGUGCCUGGAAAAACUAGAGUCGAGGUGGAAGUGUUAUCCACAAGACUGCACCCACCUCUGACGUUUGCCUUACCCGACCAUACUCGCUUCUCCCUCGUAGACUUCCCCCUCCACUUACCACUCGAGCUGCUCGGAGUCGAAACAUGUCUCAAAGUCUUGACUCUAAUCCUCUUAGAAAAUAAGGUGCUUAUUCAGUCAAGAGACUACAAUGCACUGUCGAUGUCAGUGAUGGCAUUUGUCACCCUGAUCUACCCACUGGAGUACAUGUUCCCAGUCAUUCCACUGCUGCCAACAUGUAUGAGUUGUGCAGAACAGUUAUUGCUUGCUCCAACUCCUUUUGUCAUCGGCAUCCCAGCCAGCUUCCUCAUGUUCAAGAAGAACUUCCGACUGCCGGAUGACAUCUGGCUGGUGGACUUGGACUCCAACAAGAUCUCUCCUCCCACAGGCACCCUGGAGGAGAUCCCUGCACUGCCUGAACCUGAGGGAACCAUCCUCAAGAAUCACUUAAGACAGGCGAUGCAACUUAUGGAUCAGGCCCUGAGUAGUCUGUCUGGACCCACACAGCAAGCUAACACUCUCAACGCCAACACGACAACACCACGCGAACUCAGUAACAUGCUGCGCAGGGAGAGUGUCAACCCAGUCACGCCAACUUCGCAAUACCAACAAAUCAACCUUGGAUACUCCCCUCAGGCCAGACAGCCUGAGCUGAUGCAGGGAGUGCCAGGCAGUCAAGGUGUCCACCCUCCCGCCUCUUUUAAUCCCUUCAUCUAUGGCAACGACGUAGACUCUGUGGAUAUAGCCACCAGAGUUGCCAUGGUGAGAUUUUUCAACUCGCAGAACCUUCUGGCUAACUUCACCGAGCACACUAGGACUUUGAGGCUUUACCCUCGUCCUGUGGUAGCUCUGCAGACAAACAGUUUCCUACGCUCAAGGCCACGAGCUUCCCCCUUCCUCAACAGAUUCGCCAGGACACAGGCUGUGGAGUUUCUGGCAGAGUGGGCUCUAACACCCAGCAAUGUGGCAUUCCUGCGAGUGCACACCGGCAUGUUCGACCCUUCCAUCAUUGGAGAUAAGGCCAAGUGGUUCGCUCAUCAGCUGGAACCCAUAAAUUUUCCAGUCUGGGAUAACAACAGCUCGCUCAGUGGUGCUCUCAAGUACCUGCCACAGCAGGAGCAACCAACAGAUGAAAGUGGCUCGGACUCUGAAGGAGCAGACAGUACAAGCUCCUCAUAUUCUUCACUGAGUGAUUUUGUCUCAGAGAUGGUCUCAUCAGAUCUGUCACCAAGUUUCACCACACCGGAAUCAGGGCCGGUGGGUCUAUCCAGUGGUGUGGAUGUACAGGCUGUCUACCACCCACCUUCAGUCCUGCAGGUCCCCGGGGAUAUGGAAGUGCUCCCAAGCUCCCCUCACUCCCCAGUGUCCUCCUCUGCCUCCUCUGAGAGUGACCUGAGCCCUCAGGAGCUGAGGCCAGAGAUGUCUUGUGUGCAGGAGUCAUGUAGUCAGGGAGGAGAGUCGGACAGCAACUCUACGCCGCGUACCGUUGUCAGCAACAAGUCCUCUGCGCAGACACUCAGCAUGGACUCGGACACUUCUGUUAUAGAGACACCUCGACCCUCUUCCACCUCUACCACCCUAUCCUCCCGUAGGCCUGCACCACCGAUGAGCCCGGGGCCGGCAAGGCAGAUGAGUAUCGGCAAUGUGUUGGCUCGCACUGCGUCUGUCUCGUCUGGCUCCCCGCCUGCGGUGACACGCCAGGGCUCACAGUCCAGUCUCAUUGACCAUCUGGCCACUCAUGCCAAAGAGCUGGUGCGCGAGACCCGCCAGGGUAGUCAGGAAGGCAUACUGGCACACAUGGACAAGGGAUACGACAAGUUGACAUUAACAGCAAAAAAGGCAGCAGGAGAGGCACAGAAGACUGCGAUAGAGGCAAGCAAGACAGCAGCUGGAGUGAGCAAGAACACGUUUGAGGACCUAACAUAUGUUGGGAAGAGUACUUUUGGAGACCUGACGAAAAGUGCCAAAGAAGUUGCUUCUAAAAAAGGUCUCUUGAAGGCUCUGGGAGACUCACGAGAGAGAAGGGACUCAACAGAUCAGACUCCGGUUCCUCAGACAUCCCUGGUACAGUCAGACCUCAGUCGUCAAACUGGCCGGGACUUCUUCAGCAACAUCAGCAGCGACCUCAAUGGCAUCGCAGCGCAGACCACCAGCAUCUUCAGUGACCUCUUUGGCAACAAGAGUCCACGCCCCUCCAGGGACCCCCCACCCCAGCAAACGGCGACUCCUCCCAAACCUAAAGAGAAGGCACAGCCUUUCGGACCUUUCCCCAAAGGUCGCAAGGGAAUUGUAGAGCGCUCACCACUCAUACGCCACACAACCGCACGAGGCCGCCAGGAUGACCUGCAGAGACAACAGAGCAACGAGCGGUCCACCACAAACUCGGACAACCAGGCGUUCUUGAAAGAUGUGGUGAAUCAGGUGUUGGAGGGGGAGGGUGUCAAAUGGUUGAAGAUGAACAGGCUCAAGAAGCUGAUGGAAGAUGAGAGUUACCGCAACUUCAUGGUCAGCAAACUCAACCGGACUCUGGACCGCAAGAUCAGCCCAGCAGACCAUAUCGACGAUGUGUGUGUGAGCCACUCAGUGUGGAAAGGAAUGCUGACUGUGCUGCAGGCUAUAGUGAAAGGUCUAGAGCAGACCUACAGUAACAACGGACUAGGAGGCAUGGCUUCAGUGUUCCAAGUACUGGAGAUAGCCCACACUCACUACUGGACCAAAGACCUGGCAGAGGGAGGUUUGGACGCCAGCAUGCUCUCUCAGUCCAGCAGCCCGUUUGGGAGCCGGGAGAACCUUCGCUCACCCCAGAGCCCAAGCAGCUCCCCAGUGCCUUUCCACUAUCCCCCGGACACUUCUCGCAAGUCCUCACAAGCUAGUGCCUUUGGAGAAAGCUCAGGAAUCUAUGGGCAAAACCCCAGCGUACGACUGGUGCAAGACCCUAAUGACGAGCAAGGACCCCAGUCCACCACCGAUGUGUUCCGAGACCUGCUGAACCAAAAGCGGCAGAUGUUGCUGAGCAAACUCACGUCUAUAGACACGGAGAGCUCAGAGCUCGGAGUGGGCAUGGGAGGGCUGUACGGGUCACCUGAUGCUGGGAGUUCCUCGGAAGCAGGCUCCAUCAUCACGAACCCUGCGUACAGCCUGCAACGCAGUCACCGCAACAACGCUAGCUUUCGCAGCACCGUCUCGGACAGUGAGAUUGAGCAGGGAAAUUUUCCACGGCAACAGAAGCAGCGCAACCCUAGUGUGUGGUCCAGCAAAUCAUCCCUUAGCACAGGGUUCCGUUAUCAUGGCGGCAACCUUCACAACACCUCCACCACUCCCAGCCCUGACUCUGGGAGGAUAUAUCUCUUCCAAGGAUUGCUGGGAAAAGAUAGAUCGACAGUGUGGGACCAAAUGCAGUUCUGGGAGGAUGCGUUCCUGGAUGCUGUGAGCCAGGAGAGAGACAUGGUGGGGAUGGACCAAGGCCCCACGGAGAUGAUGGAGAGGUACAAGUGCCUGAGUGAGACAGAGCGGAAGAGGUUAGAGCACGAAGAGGACCGGCUGCUGUCCACCAUGCUGUACAACCUGACUGCCAUCAUGCUCAUGGUCAAUGUCACCAAGAUGGAGCUGAGACGCAAAGUAAGGAGGCUGCUGGGCAAGAGUCAUAUCGGUCUCGUCUACAGCCAGGAGGUCAAUGUUCUGCUUGACCAACUUGAAAAUCUGCAUGGCAAUGACAUAGACCUGAAGCCGCUAGGAUCACGGCAGUCACAUCGACAGAGCUUCACCGUUCACUCGGGGUCUGACUCUGCAGGGGACCUGCUGUUCAUGGAAGUGCGUGAGGACGGUAUAGUUCUGCGUAGCGUAAAUGGUGUCAUCGUGGAACGCUGGUGGUACGAGUACCUCGUAAAUAUGACCUACAGCCCCAAGAACAAGGUAUUAUGUCUGUGGAGGAAGAACAGUGGCCAAACCCAGCUACACAAAUACUACACCAAAAAAUGCAAAGACCUGUACUACUGUAUCAAGGAGGCGAUGGAGCGGGCGGCAGCACGUGGACAGGGGGCUCUGACAGGCGUUGAGCUGGGUGGAGAAUUCCCUGUGCAAGACCUAGCGUCAGGCGAGGGUGGCCUGCUACAGGUCUGCAUGGAAGGCGUGGGGCUGCUUUUCGCCAAUAGCAAGGAUUUCGAGUUCUUCGUAAGGUUGGACCACAUACGAAAGUGUUUCACACAGAAAGGUGGCAUCUUCAUCUUGGAAGAAUUCAAUCCUAAAACACGGCAAGUUAUACAGAGACGAUAUAAGUCAUCAAUGGCUGCUGAAAUGAAUCUGUCCAUACAUCGAGUGAUUUCCAUUAUAUUUACUCGGACGAUGGUGGCAUCGUGACAUUGGCACUUGCAUGCUGACCAGAUCUGCUACGCAGUGUUGUGCGUGUUCUCGUAUAUGGCAGCUGGUCAAGAGCAGAAGAGAGCGCUGCAGUCUGGAGGGCGACACUGACCGCGUCACCCCCUCCCCCACUCUGCACACCACUGACUUCCUACUGGUUUGCCUCUCUCAAGCUUUUAGUUUAUAUUCAGAAAUGUUUUAUAGACUGAGGACUUAGUUUGACACUUUCAUCUCAGCAACAAAAUGAAAACCUGUAGCUUUUGUUAAUUAACACUGUAGUUGUGUUACAAAGUAGGAAAUACAACUAACAGAAGGCUUUGGAUUUAAAGAACCCCUAUACUCUGUAACGCUGUUUUAUGAGAAUUUGGCCGUUUAAUUUGCAGUUGGUAUAUUUAGCCUAAGUGGCAUGAAAAGGUAGGUACUCGUAAAUACAUUACAAUAACCAAAACAAUAAAUAUAAAUACAUUACUGGAACAAUUUCAUAUUGGCAAUAUGUUAAGUUGAAUACUCUAAAACCUCCAUUUUUAUAAUUUUUAAAUCUUGAAAAAGUUUGGAGUUUUGAAAGUUAGUUGACCAAUACCAUCACCAAUGAUAAGAAGGGCAGGCUAGGCCACUAGUGAACACAAAAUUAAGUAAGCGAGUACUAAUUCUGCAAAUAAAUUUCUUGUUGCUAUUGUUUAUCAACAUUAACUUCUGCAACUACUGAAUUACCAAUUGUUUUGACUGAAAACUUAGCAUGUUUAUAGGGAACAAUUUAAUUUCCAUCAUUCUUUCCCACAUGAAACUUAUUUAAAAAAGUGCCACUGCCCUUUUAAGCCUUAUUCUGCUCGCCCUGUUGGGCCACUGGUCUGAGCGAGGAUCAUAUUAAAGAGAAUAAGGGUAAGAGUCGAUUACAGAACAUGGUCGAUGAUACUGAUAAAAAAUGCUACAGUCACAAACAGUAUCUGAAUCUGUGCUUUCUCUAACUCUGUCUUAGACCACUCAACCAUCGGCACUCCUUAACAUUGACACUUGUAUAUGACAUUGUUUCCAACUGAAGGGUUACUUAUUUUAAUUUUAAACUAAAUUUGCCUUGAAAAGCCCCAACAAUAACAAAGGAAAGAAGUAAGAUUAAACAAUUUCGCUUUGUCACAUUUAUAUCAUUUUGUUUACUUAGUAUUAGCUUAACUAUGAUAGGAAAAUUUCUUAUUUUAAACAUUCAAUUGCUGUUUUAGGCAAAAUUCUCUCUGGAUUUAGAGAUACAUUUUGCAUUAUUAGUACACAUCUGGUUAUAAGGGUACCAUGUGACUGACCUUUGCUUGUUUGAUAAGAGCUUUUAAUUAAGGAUCACACAUUAUAUUUAAUGUUUUAGGUCCAACAGUACUCAUUCUAAAGAUCAAAAGAAAAUUUAUAGAAUCUCUGGCGACUAAGAUACGGUCUGAGUUUUCAUUUUUCUAUGUCAUCGUCACAGGAUAAACCAAAAUUUCUAAGGCUUUUUAAAAAUGGACUUGUUUUAAAAACUACUCACAUAUGUAUUUAGAAGUAAUUAACCGAAAUAUGUAAACAAUGUCAACUACUAUGUCAAACUAUUAUGUCAACUAUUAAGAAACAAACUAUGUAAGAACUGUAUAUAGUUUUUAUACCACAUAAUAUUAUCAAAACAAGAAGUGCCUGUUGAGAUGACAUAUCUUCAAUUUUAGUACAAAAUAAACAAAUCUAUUCAAAUUUUUUUGAAUCAACACACAGUUGUGUUUGCAUUCAAUUUUAUUCUCAUCGUAAGUAGCUCAGCCUGCACUUUGGAAUUUGCAAUAUCUAAAAAUUUUAAAAUGAAUGUAUAGUGAGUGUAUGGUGAACCAAUUAUUUUUUUACAGGUUUUCAUUUUGAAAGAAGAGUUGUUGAUAAAAAAGACAUUAUAAUUGUUUUAUCCAGUUUGUAUAGAAUAUUUUCACAGUGUUACUUAAGUGUGCGGAAAUUAUAAAAGACUAGGGUGAAAGGAGUGAGAAACGUACUGUUACGUUACUCUCUGUUAGUUGUGUCCAGUGUAUUAGUAUGUGGUCGACAAUACUGCUGUCCUCUAUCCUAUACUUAGUGUUAUUAUAUGCUAGGGCAGGACUACAACAUUUUCAACCGUUUUAGUUACAACGAAAAACUACUUUUUCAACUUCAUUACUUUUUUAUUAGUUUUAUUAGUGAGGAAUUUGUUUGUUUGGUAGAAGAGAUUAGUUUGUUUAUUUGCUUUUCUCAAAUACAACUAUGGAUCAUUACUAGGCAUUCCAUAGAAUUAUAGCUUAAAUUCUUAUGUUUUUUACUAUGGUUCAUGAAGGUUGUUACAGAUAUUUACACAACUUUGCCACUCACAAAAAAUGUUGAAAAUGUUAUAUCAGGAACGACAAAUGUCCCUAUAUAAGUCCUGUAAUUAUUUAAAAUCACAUACCAAAUAGAGUGUGGUGAUGUUAAUAAUGAGAACUACACAAAAAAGUAAAGGUUUUCUAAGAAACUUUAUUGUUAAAUUUAAUAAAAUAUCUUAAAUUUGUUAAAUACUGUAUGAUUUGGAACUGAAACCUUAAUAAUUGUCAAAGAAAUCUUAGUGUUUCCUACAGCUAGCAUAAUCUAAAUUCUCCUAUGACCGACCAUUUAAAUCAUAAAAUAUGAAUUCAUUGUUUACUGUUAUUUUCAGCAGAAAUGUGAGAGCUUUUCUUAUCUAAGUAUUUUUGUAAAUAAUUGUAAUUAUUGUACAUUGGUAUACAAAGUACACAUUUAAUUGUAUAGUUCAUAAACUGAUUAACAAUAAAGACAAAAUAUAAAGGUAUAUACAAGUUUAAAAUAAUGUGUAAUUUGCGAUUUCCAAAGUUUUAAGAAAAGUAAAGUAACGUUUUUUAAGUUUUAAAAUGGUAAAGAGUUUUUAUGAAGAUUUCUCUAUUGGAAUGACAGAUAAAAAUCUAAAUGAGGAGUUAGUUUGUAUCCUAGCUAAACACUAUUUUAAGUUUGAUUCAUUAGUUUGUUACACUAGUCUCAUCAAUGUAUUUGUGUGUAUUCAUUUAGAUAAGAAAAUUACUUAUUUAUUGUUUAUGUUUUAUUGACAAAAAUACCAAAUAUUCAUAGGAAUAUUAUUAGUGCACGGGAUACAUACAUAAUUUCAUAAGCCAUAUGACAAGUUGUGAACUAGCUUUAAAAUGUUGAUAGAUACAACAUAUUUUUAUUGUAUAAAGCAAAAAUUUAUAAAUGUUAAAAGAUAUAUAUUUUUUGCAAAAUACUCAUUUAUUUUCAACGUUUAGCACCUCAGUAUCUGUAGUGUGAACAAUUCUACGGAUUGUUAAGAUAUCCUCUUAAUGGAAAUAUUUAAUAGACCUUUGUAAACGUUAGUUAAUUUACAAAAAUUACUUUACUGAAAUCUACAGUUUACAUAAUAUAAGUUCUAUUUGUCAGAUUUGUAACUCCAAAACAAUAUUACUCUUAAUAAGUACAGUGCAUUUUUAGUGUGAAAGCAAUAGCUUUAUAGAUAAGUUUGUCCGUGUUCGUAUUCGGCAAUAUUAAUUAACUGUUCACUGUUUUUGUAUCAUACGCAGAGUUUAUAUUUACGUUGUUGUUGUUGUGCAUAGCUUGAAGCAAACAAUAAAUGUUUUGGUACAUUUUGUAUCUCUGUGUAAAACUGGCUUUGUAUACCAUAGACGCGGUAUUUAUAUAUAUUUCUGUCAAAUGUAAAUUAUUGUCAAAAAUGAAAUCAGUAUUAUUGUAAUAUUAUUUUAUACUCUGGUUGUAAAAAAAUCUGUCCAGCGAUAAAACUGACUCACUUUUGGGAAACAGACAGAAUUUUGUAAGACUUCAGCGGACAUAUCGAAAAAAGCAUGUAUUUUUAAACGCAAAGUUUAAAAAUAUUGAGGAAAUAAUAAAGAAAGCAAUCUCAUUUA